AUGACCGCGCCACCGGCUGGGUGGCGUGAGAUCUGAACAGCAAGUCUGGCUCUGUUUCGAGCUUUUUUUACUUGAAAUAAUCUUAAUCAAGUUUUGAUCGAAAAAGUAAAUCUAUCCGAGUUAAAAAGUCGAAAAAUUGAAAAAAAUUUCAGACGAAUUUGAAAAAAACUUUGGAAAUAAAAAAAGUUAAAUUUUUUUCUAAGAUACGGAAGCUUUCCUUUUUGAAGUUUUUUUUGUUGAUAUUACGAAAAAUACGCACUUCUUUUCUGAUUCCAAAAAAAGAAAUCUUGAACUUUGAUAGCAAUAAUAAAUAGAACUUUGGUAUAAAUACCGUACCGGUGAUCGAGAACCUAUUUUUAAAGAAUAUCAGAUACUGAAAAUUUUAAAUUCAAAAAAACUCGCUCAGAGAGAUGACAAAGGUAAAAUGAAGCCUCGAGUGGGAAAUUUCUAAUUGAAAAAAAUUCACAAUCUGAAAAAUUUCAAACUAAUGAAAGCAAAGGAAAAUCUGGGCUCCGAAGUGAUGGUUAUCGAAAAGCUGAUAUCUCUUUCAUCUUUGGGGGGCCUUAAAUAGUGGCCAAGAGUCCCAGAACUGUUGAUUAGAGUUUUGCCUCAAGAAAGUGGGCGGGACAGGAGAAAGAACAGCCGACAAUCAGCUACACGCCGUCCUUGUUCCGAUCACACCAUACGCCCUUAGAGAAUCAGCAAAAAAGUUCAAAGUUUGAUCGUUUUGCUUAUUCUCAAGUAAAUAGACAUAGACAACAGUCCAUGGAGACGAGCUUCUGUGGAAAAUUCAUCACGUGCGAGAUUCAUCGGUCCCUCUCAGCGUGCAGAGUAACAACAGCGCAGGGUCUCCUACGCCCGCCACACUUGCAUCUCUCGAGUCAUUCUGGCCGAGUGGUCUAAGGCGCUGCGUUCAGGUCGCAGUCCUCUUCGGAGGGCGCAGGUUCGAAUCCUGCGGAUGACAUCUGUUUUUGCUGUUUUUUUUUGGUCGUUCACAUGAUGAAAGUCAAAAGGAUUCUGUUAUUUCUAUAGAUUUUUCAAAUGUGUAACCAUUGUUUUUUUCAUAAAAUGCAUAUAAAAAUCUAGGUAUUCGGGAAGUUUUCGAUGCUGAAAGUUGAGAAUAUGAAAAAAAAACCGGAAAAUAUUUAUAAACAAUUUUCAGAGAAAAUUAUGAUCGGAAAAAAAAAAUAAUAAUAAAGAUAUUUUUAACUUGAAAUCAUUCGAAUGAUCCUUUUUUGUUUUAUCGUAUAUUCUGCCGCUAACGAAAAAAAUCCGUCUUUUUCGGGAAUUUUUCCACGCGAUAUUUUUAAAUGACUCUAAAUUUUUCUGUAUUUCUUCUCAGAAAGAACGUCUUUGAAUCUUUUGAAAUGAACACUCUCUAUUUGGUUUGCAGUGUAGCUGAUUCGAGCUCAAAAACCGUUGUCUCCUAUCAAGAAUGGCCAAGGUACACUUGAGACCGGACAGAACAAUAUUUUCAAGAAACUUCCGAUUGCUUUUUUUUAUGAGGACAAAGAUCUUUUCGAUAAGGCACGUGAUGCCAAGAAACUGCGUCCAUCUAGUGUAGCCAAUCAGAUAACUCGAAAGGAUUUUUGAUUUUCUCAUAUAGUUCUUCAAAAAUAACUUCCUUGUAUUCGAUAUUUAUUUUUUUGACCGACAAGAAAUGGAAUUUAAAAAAAGUUUCAAUAUUUAUUUUUAACCGACAAGAAAUGGAAUUUAAAAAAAGUUUCAAUAUUUAUUUUUUUAACCGACAAGAAAUGGAAUUUAAAAAAAGUUUCAAAAAAAGUUUCAAUAUUUAUUCUUUUGACCGACAAGAAAUGGAAUUUAAAAAAAGUUUCAAAAAAAGUUUCAAUAUUUAUUCUUUUUGACCGACAAGAAAUUGAAUUUAAAAAAAGUUUCCUAGAAAAGCAUUUUUUUGACAGUUUUUGUAAUUUUUUUCUCACUUUUUUUAAACAUUUUUCUUUUCAGUUGUUCAUAGUAGCAGCGAGAAGUUGUAGAGCGUACGCUCAUUUUUUUCUUUUGAAUUUGAAUUCCCAACUUUUAACCGUUAAAGGAGCCGUACUUUGUUUUUGGAAUGUGUAUUACAAUCAGAUUUUAAAGUUUUAUUCUAAAAUAUGUUAGUAACUGAAUGGUACUCCACUCUUUGACUUAUAAAAAAGGACUGCUUGAAAUUUGAUAUUUAUAUCAGGGGAACUUUAUUUCAACUAGUGUUUUCGCUCCCCUAUUUAUUUACAGCUAUAGGUACACUGCUGACCAACAAGAACGCUAUUUGCAAGAACCUCUCGAUUUACUUUUCCACAGGGACAAAGAACAUUCUGAUAAGACUUCUGACGGCACGAAAUUGCGUUGGUCUAGUGUAGCCGGCCACAUGUUCCCGCAGAAGGACUUUCUCUGCGUCAUCAGUUGUCGUAAAAUGCGCUCUUUGUCUCUCAACCGAAAAUGA